AUGCCCAAGGUGGCACGAGACGUCGAUCCGAAAUCGGUGGUUUGCCUAUUUUUCAAACAAGGAAUGUGUCAUAAAGGUGAGAAAUGCAAAUUCAGCCACGAUCUGUCGAAGGAGCAAAAGACGGCCAAAAAGAAUCUCUACGUUGACAGCCGAGAUUUAGCGAAUGAAAAUGGUCACUUUUCAUUGCUUCCAGAUAACAUGGAUGAUUGGGACGAGUCGAAACUAAACGAAGUGGCCGAGAAGAAACAUGGCGAACAGGACAGGAAAAGGCCAAAUCAGACCGAUAUUGUAUGCUAA